AUGGGUGAUGCUGCAAUGAAGGAAUUUGGGGUCGCUGCUUCUUAUUUGAGGAAAUCUGAUAGGGAGCGUCUGGAGGCCCAGACUCGUCCAUUUGACAUGAAGAAGGAGUGUUUUGUACCCGACCCUGAGGUUGAGUACGUUAAGGCAUCUAUAAUCAGCCGUGAAGGUGACAAAGUCACUGCUGAGACUGAAUUUGGAAAGACCGUCACUGUGAAGGAGUGUGAUGUGCACCCUCAGAACCCGCCUAAGUUUGAUAAAAUUGAAGACAUGGCCAUGUUCACCUUCCUUCAUGAGCCAGCUGUGCUGUUUAACCUCAAAGAGCGUUACGCAGCAUGGAUGAUCUAUACCUACUCYGGGCUGUUCUGUGUGACUGUCAACCCCUACAAGUGGYUGCCGGUCUACAACCAGGAAGUGGUCGUUGCCUACAGAGGAAAGAAGAGRAGUGAAGCKCCUCCUCACAUCUUCUCCAUCUCUGAUAAUGCCUACCAGUACAUGCUGGCAGACAGAGAAAACCAGUCAAUCCUCAUCACUGGAGAAUCUGGAGCUGGAAAGACUGUCAACACCAAACGUGUCAUUCAGUACUUUGCCAGCAUUGCUGCUGUCCCCAGUGGGAAGAAAGAUGCUGCUGCGGAAAAGAAGAGAUGCUGCUCAUCACCAACAACCCCUAUGACUACGCCUUCAUCUCCCAAGGAGAGACAACUGUAGCCUCCAUCAAUGACUCUGAAGAGCUGCUGGCCACUGAUGAUGCCUUUGAUGUGCUGGGCUUCACUCAAGAAGAGAAGAACAGUAUUUACAAAUUGACUGGUGCCAUCAUGCAUUUUGGUAACAUGA